AGAUGUCAAACGUCCGCAUUUCUAAUGGGAGCCCUACCUUGGAGCGCAUGGAGGCCAGGCAGUCGGAGUACCCGAAGCCGUCAGCGUGCCGGAACCUCUUCGGGCCGGUGAACCACGAAGAGCUCAACAGGGAAUUUAAGAAACACCUGCAGGAGAUGGGGGAGGCGUACCAGAGGAAGUGGAAUUUCGAUUUCCAGAAUCACAGGCCGCUGGAAGGCAGGUACGAGUGGCAAGCCGUGGAGAAGGGGAGCUCGCCCGACUUCUACUUCAGACCCCCCCGGCUACGGAAAGCCGUCUGCAAGUCCGCCGGCCGCCAGAGCUUGGAUGUAAACGGGAAUUGCCAAACCGUGGUUUUUGUCGGUUCUCAGGGAAUCUCAGAGGACACUCACUGUGUAGCUCAAAAGACUGAUGUUUCAGAAAAUCAGACGGACUUAGCAGAGCAGUGCACUGCCCAGAGGAAAAGACCCGCGGCCGAUGAUUCCUCUCCUCAAAAUAAAAGAGCCAACACAACAGAAGAAGAGGUUUCAGAAGACUCCCCCAGUGCCAGUUCAGUGGAGCAAACGCCCAAGAAAUCAAGCCCGGGAAGACAUCAAACGUAAAGCGUUUAGAGCAGAAGAUGUGCGCGUCCUCGUUCGUCGGGUGCGGCGGGCGGCGAUGAAGAGAGGAAGAUGUAAAGUUGUAGUGGGAAAGGAAAAAAAACAUAUCGCCGAUCUCCGGGAGAUGGAGGUCCUGUACAAGCACUGAAAAAAAAACAAAACAAAAACAAACCAGCAACAAAACAGCAGCAACAAAAA